CUCGAUGUGAGGAAUGAAGAAUAAAAAGGCGAAACCUUCAAAGGGUGUAAGCAACAGAAAAAGAGUGCUCAGUGAUGUUUCUCCAUCCACCAGUAUUCCUCCUCUGGUGGAGGGUCAGCUGAGAUGCUUUCUGAGGGUGACAGUGAGUAAAGUGCUGUGGGUCAUCACCAGACCUCCUCCUGUGACUCUGAUCAGGCUCAGAUGGUGGGGAGAGUCUUCCACUGGCACCUUCUUCAGGCCUAGAGAUGGACAUGCUGGACAGAAGAGGGUAAAAUCAACAGCCCGCUUUCCAGUUCGAUGUGGACCAAAACAGCUGGCGUCUUAUUUGACAGACAUGGGCUCAUUGGUGCUGGAUGUGCUUACAAAGGUCGAUCAUUUGCCUAUAGCUCGAGCUCAAAUCCCUGGGAUUGCCCGGCUGUCUUUGUCUCACUCCAUAAAUGGAUACUUCACUCUUGUUUCCCCGUCAUCAGAAAAACUCGGAGAGCUUCAGGUGG